AUGAGUGACGUUGAUAGAGCAAUAACUCAACUGCGAGCAUGUAGGGCGAUCCCUGAAGCUCAGGUUUUCGAAAUAUGCCAUAAAGCUAGAGAAAUAUUAAUUGAAGAGGGGAAUAUUGUAACAGUAACGGCACCAGUGACUAUAUGCGGCGACAUUCAUGGGCAAUUCCACGAUUUGAUGGAAUUAUUUCGAGUUGGUGGCGACGUUCCAGAUACGCAGUAUAUAUUUAUGGGUGACUUCGUUGACCGAGGCUUCUAUUCACUCGAAUCAUUCCUCCUCCUUUUAUGCCUCAAAGUCAGAUACCCCGAUCGCAUGACUUUGAUUCGCGGAAAUCAUGAAUCAAGACAAAUCACCACCGUUUAUGGAUUUUACGAUGAAUGUUUGCGUAAGUAUGGGAGCGCAAAUGUUUGGAGGUACUGCUGUGAGGUCUUUGAUUAUCUGGCUAUUGGAGCAAUUGUUCUGGGGGCAGUAUUUUGUGUUCAUGGUGGCUUAUCGCCGCUUAUCGACACCCUAGAUAAGAUCCGACUCAUCGAUCGAAAACAAGAAGUGCCACAUGAAGGAGCUAUGUGCGAUCUUCUUUGGUCAGACCCAGAUGAAAUAGGAGGGUGGGGCUACUCGCCUCGAGGAGCUGGCUAUUUAUUUGGAGGACCUAUUGUCAAACGAUUCAACUACGUCAACGAUCUCUCUCUUAUUGCUCGAGCGCACCAGCUUGUUAUGGAAGGUUUCAAGGAACUCUUUGAAAGCAACAUAGUCACAGUUUGGUCUGCACCCAACUACUGCUAUCGGUGCGGGAACGUUGCUGCCAUUAUGGAACUCUAUGAAAGCGAGACUGGUGAUGGGAUUAUAGCCCGGAGUAAUGGAGAUGGUGAUCGGGGCCGUCGGAACUGCACUAGCGACAAUCUGGAUUCGAGCGUGCUGCCUCUCACUAUUCCUAUGGGCCCAGCACGCUGCUACAAAAUUUUCCAAGCCGCACCCCAAGAUUCUCGAGGAAUGCCAGCCAAGAAGCCGGUAGCGGAUUACUUUUUAUAG